AUCUUGCAGUGACAGCAGCAACGUCAAGGAGAUCUAAAUCCCGUCAGAAGACAAUGAGUAGCCCAUUAGCACAGACAGAGGUGGAGAGGGAAAAAUGGAAGAGAGAUCCCUGGGCGAGCUGGGUCCGGAUCUCCCCCCCGGUUGUGGCUGGACACACCUCAUCAUCAUUUUGUCCUCGCUGGGGCCAGAAACGACUUCAAGCACCUCCACACUAUGUCGGAUCUAUCCACAGCCACACCUCGAUGUGACUUCAGACAACUUCAUAAUGCAUCAUGACGUACGGACAUGGUCUUUCAGCUGGCUCUGCUCAAUUCCCAUCCACGGCCCCGCCAGGGAUGUGUCUGACCGUUGACGAUAUACUCGUCUCGUCUUGCCAGGAUUGACCUGGCAGGCCCCGCGGUGAUGCGAACAGCACAACUGCUGGGCAGGAAAGUUCCAUACCGUUGUCCACCAGCAGCAUCAAUUACCCUACCGGAUUUGACAUGCGAUAUCAGAACCUAUCUACGUACUGUUCCUCGAGGUCAGCUUAACCUUAACUAGCGAAAUGAAAGCUCCUGGCGGGUGCUGGGUGGCUCCAUGGUUUCGCUCCAGAUCGCUCGGCAAAAAGUCGACAAAACGAUGAUCCCACCAGAUCCGAUCGACACUUCAGCAGCGAGCCUGCAAGGGUGCCACUGGGGGUUGUGCCACAUCGGUCACCAAUCGAUUGACCGUAUGCGGUUCACUGACGACUUUUUGGAUUUUCCAAGCUUGGAUGGGUGAGAUCAGACCAUGGCAACAAACUGGGUCUUCGAUGAUCUCACAGCCGUCUGAAAGUGAACUUGCAUCUACCUCAUCUCAUAUGUCACUCCUAGCAUUUGGGGCAUAUAUACCUUGCCCUCACACAUCUUACGCCAUUUCUCCAAACUCUACCUACUUUCACAUUCUACCUUCACAUACUCCCAAAACACCGCCACCAUGGAAGCAGCCAGAGCAGCAGUCAACAAGAUCACCGGACAACGAGGCCACCACACCACGGUCGAAGAGUCGGUCAACCCUGCUGUCGUCCAAGAGACCAUCAAGCCUCAUCGCCAUGAGGAAGCCACCCAGGCUGUUGACCGUGAAGUGCACCAACACCACUAUCACACGACAGUCCAGCCCCUCCAACACCAGGAGAGAUUGCCAGAGAAGCAUACCCACAACAUCCUACCUGCCGAGGAACGAGAGUUCCACCAUGACAACAAGCAAGAUACUGAGCAAAGACUCACAAGUGAGAUGGCUCACUUCAAGGACCACAAAAGGGUCGAACAGACCCAUCAUACACAAGCCGCCGCUCCCACUGUGACUGGCGAGCAUGUCCAUCAUCACGUCCACGAGACUGUUGUUCCUGUCGUCCAGAAAGAAACUAUUCAACCAGAAGUCGUUCACACCACAAUUCCCGUCCAUGAAACUCACCACGCAGCCGCCCAACACCAUGGUCUGUCUGCUUUGCCCAUGAAGACCCUUGACGAAUUCAAGAAUUCUGGUGGUGUUCUCUCUGGUGGUAAGCACGGCGCACACGAAGAGUAUGAUGGCCCACCGCGCAAGUACAACGAGAAGCUCUCUACUACUUUCGAGAAGCUCGGUCUCGAGGCUAAAGAGGCUAUCUCUGGUCACCACAGUGGCACCACUGGCACCACUGGCACUACCGGCACCACUGGCACUACCGGCACUACCGGCACUGGUGUAGGCAACAAUGUUGGUUCUGGAACUCACCAUCGUCAAACAGACUCGGGUAUCAGCGGUUUUGACAACAAUAUGGAGAGAAAGGAGGCUGGCCUUAACCGUGGCACUGACCAAAACCCAACUGGCACCACUGGUCUUGACCGUGACCGAACUGGCAACACUGGCCUCGGAAGCAGUGGACGUCAUGAUGCUGAUAAUACGACCGGCCAGAAAAAGCCAAGUGUGUUGCAGCGUCUGAAUCCUCGCACUGAUGCUGAUGGCGAUGGCAAGCGUGGUCUUGGUGACUAGAUGGAACAUUUAGCCCGCAAGGUGUUUUGAGGUAUCCUCGCCGAUUUUAGGCCAAGAAAUAUAUCUGUCAAUGCGUGUAUACAUACCCAGUUGGUUAUGAAUUAUGAAUAUAAUUUAAAAA